AUGUUUUGUGCGGUUCUCAAGGGAGGUCGUGCGACAAACUGGAUCGCUACCAUGUCUGUAGAAGCCUCAUUGGAAGGGCCGCCGGCUCCAGAUGUUGCUGCGAAUGCUCCGCCGACCGUACAGGACCAAGAAACCGGAUCACCUGCUGGCACCAAUACUGAAGAGACAUUAACAUCGAAAAAUGCAACAACAGUUACCACAGGGAUGCUUCCAGUAUUCCACGAUACACGGUCGCAUGAAGAGAUUGACAGCGCUGAGCCAGAGGAGGCUGAGAGGGUGACAGAGCAUGGGAGCAACAUGGAGAUUAGCGGCAUCCCGCCGAAUGAUGUGAAAAACAUCAUCUUGCAGGUUCUUAGCCCGUAUUUUGACGAUGAGGGCGGUGAAGACGACGCCCAGCGCUAUGACCACAUCAAGGCUCAGGGAUGGAUUCAGCUUAUUUGCGAUGGUAUUAUGGAAAAACUGUUGGGAAUGCAUCGUCCGUACAAAUACGUAGUGCAUUGCAUGAUAAUGCGGAAAUGUGGGGCUGGAAUUCAUGUGUGCUCUAGCUGCUACUAUAGCCAGGCUGACGGCUGGGUUAACCAUGCACAUGACCUCUCCGCCCACAUCUACGCGGUGGUGACUGUCUAUUGGAGCGCCAUAUAG